AUGCACACGUCGGCAAAGAAGAAAAGGAGCAAGCAGUCAGAGACCGAGGAUGAAUCAGGUACGUCCUCAUCCGAAUCGGAUAGCGAGGGGCCUAUGGAUGGUUACUGGGGUUUUGGGGAAGAGAAUCAUGGGAUCCCUCUUUGGGUGCACAAAAGGAGGGCCAAUUCCCAUCGUAAGACCUUCAAUGGAACACUGGAAUGGAAGGACGGGGCGUUGGUCGAAGAUGUAAAGGUUUCCACCAAUCAGUCCACCGAUUUUAUAUUGGGGAACCAUUUGUCACAGAAGAAGAGGAAUAAGAUCCUCAACGGUGACUACGUGGACAUGUUUACCCUUCUCCCUCCUACUAAACUAAUGGGGAAAGGUGAAAAGAGGCGCUCUUUUGGUAAGCGGAGGUAUAGAACGCCUAGGGCGGAGCACACCUUUGAGAAUUGGUUGGAUGGGUACCAGGUUUUCAUGGGAGUUGUUUGUGUGGCUUAUCCUCGGUGCUCCAUGGAUCUGGUUGCUUAUCUGGCUCAUGUGAGGCGGGCUCACACACUUGCAGGGGAAAAUGCUGCUUUAACAUAUGAUGAGAAUUUCCGUAGAAGUGCUUCUCUCCUGCCGUCCACCCGAUGGGACCUAAGGGAUCCUAAUUACUGGGGUGAGGACGUUGGCCCUUAUAUCGAAAAGAAGAGCCAGGAAUCGGCUAAGGCGGGUAAGACAGAGGCAAAACGACGCAGCCAGUGUUGGGAAUACAACAGAGGUGUAUGUACGCGUCCCGCCUGUAAGUAUCUUCACGAAUGCGAGCGGUGCCAGGGAAAUCACCCUGCCUCGGCGUGCUUUAAGAAUAAGCAGCAGCCCUUUCGGGGGGCAGGGGGUACUUCAACAACAACGCCCGGAUCCUCUCAUCAGGGUCCCAGUAACCGUCAGUAA